AUGGCAGAUAUUCGCUCCUUGCUCCGCAACGAGUUGGCCUCUCGUCAAGCAGAUAGCUCGGGAGCUUCUACUGCCAGACGAACUAGGAAACGGAAACUCGAUUUGGGGAAACAGGAUGGCGUCCGCAAAAAAUCAAGGGCCGAAGAACAACAUACUGUGCAGGAGGAAGCUCAGUGGCGCGGUCAAUCUGACGAACAUGAAGAUAUUGAAGAAAUGGCCCUGGAUACAUCGAUAACAGCCGAACCUCUAAAAGGCAAAGAAGAUCAAGAUCAAGACCAAGAACAAGAAGAAGAACAAGAGCCGGACGAAGAGUACACUGCACUCCCCUCUGAACAUUCACCACAACCCACCGCCCGCACACAGACAGAGCUACAACCCCAAGUUAUCGACGAGGACGAAUGGGCCGCAUUCGAGCGUGAAGUUGCUGCACCUACAAAGAUCCCCACUGCCCCACAGCCAUUUUCCGUGAUGUCCGGUGCAGCUACGAUUUCCGCAGCACCACUAUCUGCCGCUGAGCUUGCCGAAAGGGAGAAGAUGGAUCGGGAGACGCAGCUGCGGAAUCGCGAUAUGGAAACGUCAUUUGAGAAGGAGGAUGCGGCUAGGUUUUUAGAGGAGGAGCUUGAUGAGAUGGAUCAGUUGGAGGAGAGGGUUCGGCGGCUAAAGGAGAGGAGGGAGGAGAUUCGGAGGCGGAGGGUUGGGGAGGGGGUGGGUGGUGGGGUUGUUGGAGGUGUGGAAAUAGUGGAACGGGAGGGGUUAGAGGAAGAUGUGAAUACCAUUGAAAAAGCUGGGAGCGAUGAUGAUGAAGAUGAAGAUGAGGAAGAUGAAGAUUGGGAUAACUGGCGAUUUAGAUAG